GGAUCUUGUGGUGAUGGAAUCCCACUCCUGAUAUUUAAAUUUUUGGGAGAGGGUUCGCUCGGACGCCCAAGUAGUACUAAUUCGAUUAAAUGGAGGGGCAUGAUUACGAACUGUAAAAUAUGGGGUUUCGAGGAGAGUGAGAGUGGAUCCUACCACUUUAUUGUCUGGACCUAACGUAUGAAAGAAUCCGCACACCAAACGCAUGUGAAAGAAUCUGUACACAAAUGGCAUUUGAAUCUUUUGCCCUUAAAAUUUUCAGGUGAGUCGUCCUCCACCUCCCCCACUGUUCCGAUGCCCAUUCCAACAUACCCAGACCCAUCUUUCGCUUUCACUGAAAGGAAACUAACAUAUGGUGUUUAUUACUUGUACCAUUCCAAAAGACUACGCUACAGAGAUUGGUACCGCACAGAAGGUAUCUAGUAGCUGACCAAUGUAAAAUUGAGAUUAGAUUUCCAAGUAGAUUUACAAGAAAAGUAGGUGUAAACGAAGUCAACCUAAUUUGUUUUGUAAUUUAUUUUCUUAUCUUAGUAGAUUUAGGCAAUUUUCCCAUCGUAUUAAAUUAGUAGUAGACCACUCCACUGGUGUUCAGGGAGGUCAAUUCAGUGAAAAUUCAAUGAAGCUUACCAGCCACCACCAAAUUCAAAAUUGGCGGUCAAGUCCGCCUUUCAAUGAUUUCCUCAAAACCAGUCAGUCUUGCCAGUUGCCUCCAUCUCUCUUCUUCCUCUGCCCAGUUGUUGUGCAUCAAAUCAUGGAUUUUGUAAGCCCCCUGAUGAACAUCUUUGCUAGCUUGAUUCAACCAGUGGCUACAGAGAUAAGAUCUCUGCUAAAUUUGGAAAAAAAGGUUGACAACUUGACAAAACAGACAGAUGAACUGUUAGAUAAAAGAGAAGACUUGAAGGCCGACGUCAACGCAGCCCGAGAUAUGCCGGUAAGACGUGCAAAUCAGUUGAACCGGUGGAUACAGAGGGUGGAAGAAACUGAACGUGAAGUAAAUUCCAUCAAAGAAGAACUCCAAAAUAGAAGAUCAUGUUUUUGGGGUGUGUGUCAUGUCAAUUGUUGUUCAAACUACAAACUCGGGAAGAGAAUUGCAGAGAAGCUGAGUGAUGUGAAGGAAUUGAUCAGCAAUGGAGAAUUUGAAAUCACUAAUGGGUCGCGUCCUAUUCGAGUAAAACCAGUACCUAUCAGGCCAUCGGUGGGUCUCGACGAAAUGCUAAAGAAGGUUAAGCAAUUCCUUACAGAAGAUGAAGUUGGAAUUCUUGGAAUCUAUGGUAUGGGUGGUGUUGGGAAGACAACAAUUUUAAGGAAAGUCAAUAAUGAGUUUCUUGCAAGAACUCAUGACUUCGAUGUGGUGAUUUGGGUUGUGGUGUCCAAUGAUUAUUUUGUGGAGAAGAUACAGAAGGCUAUAGCAGUUAGGCUGGGUUUGCCUUGGGAAGAAACAGAAAGCCAAGAUGAUAGAGCCAUAGAGAUAUUCUCAGUCCUAAGUACAAAGAAGUUCAUCUUAUUGUUAGAUGAUGUAUGGAAAAGAUUGGACCUCGAGAAGAUUGGGAUUCCUCUUCCCGACGAGACUAAUGGAUGUAAGGUCAUAUUCACUACAAGAACCAUUGAUGUAUGCAACGACAUGGAUGCUAGAAGGCAACUAAAAGUGGAGUUCUUGAAUGAAGAUGAAGCUAGAUUACUCUUCCUAGAGAAGCUAGGUAACAAGGAAUUGAUCAAUUCUGCAUCCAUAGGACCUCUUGCUGAGGCUAUUAUCAGAAAAUGUGGUGGAUUACCACUUGCCCUGGUCACAACUGGGAGGGCAAUGGCCAACAAGAAAACAAAGGAAGAAUGGGAGCAUGCGAGGCAAGUGCUUGAGGAUUCACCAUCGGAACUUCGAGGUAUGGAAGAUGUCUUUACUCACUUGAAACUAAGCUAUGAUAAUUUGCGUGAUGAUACCUUGAAAGCAUGUCUGCUUUAUUGUUCCUUAUUCUCAGAUGACUACCCUAUUGAGAAAGAACAGCUCAUAGAGUAUUGGAUUGGGGAAGGGUAUCUGGAUGGAUCUGGUAAAAAAUAUUUCAAUGCCCAUAACAAGGGACAUGCUCUUAUUGGAUCCCUACAGGAUGCGUGUCUGUUGGAAACUGGCGAAGAGAAAACACAGGUAAAGAUGCAUGAUGUCGUCCGUGGUUUUGCCUUGUGGAUAGCAUCUGAAUGUGGGAUGAGACCAUACAAAUUUCUUGUACAGACAAGAGUUGGAUUAACUGAAGCACCUGGUGUUGAGAGAUGGAACGAGGCGGAGAGGAUAUCAUUACUGGAUAAUGAAAUUAACAGAGUGACCCAAGUACCAGAUUGCCCAAAUUUGUUAACCUUGCUGCUCCAGUGGAAUGUUGGUUUGAACAGGAUAUCUGAUGGUUUCUUCAGAUACAUGCCCACUCUCAGGGUCUUGGAUCUAUCAUUCACUAGUCUGAGAGAGAUUCCAGUGGAUAUUGGCAAUUUAGUUGAGCUGCGUCAUCUUGAUUUAUCAGGGACUAAAAUAACAAGAUUGCCCAAAGAGUUAGGAAAUUUGGCAAAGUUAAGGCAUUUGGAUCUGCUACGAACGCAUUACCUCACAACAAUUCCAUCUGAGGCCAUAUCCAGACUUUCCUUACUGCAAGUGUUGAAUCUGUACUAUAGUUAUUCAAAUUGGAAUGCAAAUUCUUCUAAAGACAAGAGAAUUUGUUUUGAGGACUUGGAGCAGUUGAGACACUUGACUAGUCUUGGGAUUACAGUAACCGAAAGUGGCACACUCCAUGGGCUUUCUUGCUCAGAAAGGUUACCAAGAUUCAUACAUUACCUAUAUGUCAAGGAAUGUGAAGGUUUGAUUUGUUUGCCACUGACAUCAACUUCUGGAAAUGCUCAGAAUCUUCGAAGACUUAGUAUAAAUAACUGUUAUGAUUUGGAGGAGUUGGCAAUUGAUGUGGAGAUAGGAGAGAAUUGCCUUCCAAACCUAGAGGUUCUUUCCUUACAUGGCCUUCCCAACUUAACCACUAUAUGGAGGAAUCAGGUGACUGGCAGAUGCCUUCAGAACCUUCGGUCCAUAAACAUCUGGCAUUGUGAUAAAUUGAAAGAUGUUUCAUGGAUGUCGCAACUUCAAUGCGUAGAAGUCAUUUAUAUAUUCUAUUGCAAGGGUGUUGAACAAAUUGUAAGUGGAACUGAACUGGAGGAAUCGACUGCCUUCCCAAGUCUAAGAACCAUAUCCAUACGUGACCUGCCAGAAUUAAAGAGUGUCUACAAACAUGCAUUGGCUUUCCCUUCCUUGGAGACCAUCGCAGUUAUAGGGUGUCCAAAGCUGAAGAAGCUCCCGCUCAAAGGCGGCAAUGCCUUGUCAUUACCUACAAUCUAUGGGAAGGAGGAGUGGUGGUCUGGAUUGGAGUGGGAUGAUGAAGCCCUAAAGUCUUCUUUUGUUCCCCACUUCAUUACUGUUUGAUGUUAUGUUUCAUUAUUCAAGAACUUGCCGAGUGACUCAUGAUUCAUUGAGCUAAGGAACAUUCCAAGGAAGCAAGAUAGUAAGGAACAGGGUGUAGUGUAGUCCGGAGGGGAUGAUCAGGCUCACAAUGUUUUUCUUUACAUCAAGCUAAGAGACCACGAUUUGUUGGGUCGCGAGGCAAGUUUCUUUCUAAGGGGUGUGUGCGUGUGUGGGUAUAUGUAUAUGUAUAUGAGCUUUGGUUUUUUGCAUGGAUCCUCGCGUUCGUCCUUGCUUUUAACCUCUAUGUAGCCGACCCCAUUAAGUUGGGAUAAGGUUCGGUUGUUGUUGUUGUUAAAUUCUGAAAAUUAGCAUCAACUAAUUAUUGGUUGUGAACUAUAGACAUAAAGCAAAGCAAGAGUCAAGCAAAACACACAUCAAGCAUGCA